AUGAGAAGUGAGGCUUCUUUUAGUUCCCUUGCUUCGAGAACGCGAUCUACAUCAGGUCUGAGCUCAGGAGAUGGAAACGGUGAUUUUGAAUCUCAAGCUUCUAAAAUCGACAAGAUUUUUCCUUUAUAUGAUGAAAUGUUCAAAUCUGGCUAUGUUCCGUCAAUCUUAUCGCAACUACUAACCAUUGAAAUAUUCAUUCAAUUCAUCGGUUACUCAUUUUGGCCAGCAUUCUUUUUCACUGAACUUGACAAUCGUUGGGAUGGAGUAUGCGCCCUUUGGAUUUACAGAGUAUCUUUUCUAUCUAAAGUAAGUCAUGAAGUACCAGACCUUACUAUUAACUUAAUUGUUUUCAGCUUCAUGUUAUUCCUUAUUAUUCUAUCUGUAGGCAUUGAACUAGGUAUCUAUCUCAGAACAAGAAGAUUCAACAAGGUUUCUUUAUCAUUUGCAAGGAUCUGCAUAGACAUAAUACCACAACUUUGUGUAAUUCCGAGUUCGUUUUUUGCCGGCUUAUGCCUCAGAUACUCUAUUAGGCUGAAGAAACCAAUCAUAAUUGUCUAUUGCGUCAUUUCAUUUCUCUACCUCUUUGCUUUUUUGGCUUUUCAUUUCAUUCAAUCAUAUUUUUCAGCGAGUCUUCCAUAUAUUGGAGAGUCAAACUUGUUCUGUUGGUCGGGUUCAUUCCUUUUCCAGCUCUUAGCAAUACCAGCUUUCUUUAUUAUUUUAUCAUUUUUGACAGAUUUCUUUCCAACGUAUUUCAAAGUACUCACUGUUGUUCUGAAGAUACUCUUUAAUGCAUAUUUCUAUUACAAAUGCUUCUUCUUCCCCUUUGCCCAUACAAAAAUGAAUUAUAUCUUUAAUUCCUUAUUUUUAGGUAUAACUGUUGAUGAUGUUCUUGUAUUAAUAGGUUGUUUAGGCUAUCGUACAAGGUUUUAUUUCGCUUAUGCUACAACUUUUGGCUUUUUCUUUAUUUCAUGUUUCUAUUGCAAAUGGGUAUUUUCAAUUCGCUCUCGAAAGAUCUGUUUCAGACUGUCAUACGAAGCUUUAGAAACAGUUGACGAAGAAUUGCCAAAUGUUGAAUAUCAAAAUACAGAAAAUGCUGCUUUAUUAUGCCAAGAUGAGAAAACAAGGAAGUUAUUUAAUAAGAUAGGUCUCCAGAAAUCGGAAGCGAAUUGCGAGUUAUAUUUUAGAGUAGGAUUAGCAAACAGAUCUCAACUGUUUUUGAAUUGGUCGUUGCUAAAAUAUGCUUCGGAAUUCCAUAGAACGGCACACAUGGCAACAAUCAUCACCCAGUUCAUGUCGUUCUUCCCUUGCGAAACAAGAUUAUUAUCAAGUUUCCAGAAACAAGCUUGCCAGCACAGAUUGAACUUCUUCCAGAGAUUUCUCAUCUUCCAAAUCGAUUCAAUCAAGAGAUUACGCCAAUCUUCGGCCAGUAGAGAAAUUUCGGAAAAAUUAUUACACCUCAAAAACGCAUCUAAUGCAUUAAUUGAUGAUGUUAAGAAGUUCUGGAUCAACUGCCAAGAUGAUGCCUCCAUAUUUUACGAUAUAAGUAUGAAAACCAAAAAUUUAUCAGAAUUAUAUCGAGAAGCAAUGCAGCAAUGGCCUAAUAAUAUCAGAUUAUGUGAAGGAUACUCACGAAUGUUGAUCGAAGGAGCCAUGGAUUUCAAGAAAGGUGUUUUAAUGAAAUAUCGAGUAGAUUCAAUCGAACAAGGAAAGAAUUUCGCCAUUGAUUUAUCCUUUAGAUCACUUGUACGUGCUUAUCCUGAGUAUUUGAAGAAAGGAGUAAUGGAUUUACAAGGAAAUUUCCGAAUUCAUAAAAGUGAAAACGGAGAAAACACUUCAUCAUCAGGAUCUAACAAUUUAAAGAGAUCUUCUGUAAGUUCAGGAACAAUUGAUGGAAUAUUAGAUCCAGAAAUUGAAGAAACAGUUGCAAAACAAUGUUUUACUUAUCACAGAUUAAGAUUAGAGUUCCAAACUGCAUUAGAAAACAGGAAACUGAAUUAUAUGAAAUAUCUACAUGCUUCCAUCCUUUGGUCUUUGUUUUUAGUUGUUACUUUAGCGAUUGGUUACUAUUGUUACUACCAAGGACAUUAUGAUGACAGAACACAUUCAAUUGAACGACAAAUUGAUUUUAAUUUUGUUGAAUUUAACUUUGAUUUGGCGUUUACUACUUCUACAUUUUUGAUUAUGAACUCUGUUGGUAUUGUUCCUUUACCUUUCUUCCAACAGAUCAUGGCAAUCGAAGGAAAUCCAUUUGAAAUUGAUAUAAAGAAUGGUAAAAAUGAAGUUGGAAGACAUUCUGAUGGAUCAUCAAGAAAUUUGACUGCUUGCAUGCAAGAUAUCAUGGAAUCCGCAAUCAGGGGUGAUGAUGUUGAAUCAUUGUUUGUAGAAAUGAUAUCAAGAGUCGUUCCCGUUCAUUUAUGCAAUGGACCAAUCAUAUUAAAUAAUUCAAUCAACGAAUUUCUUAAAGAAUUAUUCGUUAGAUUGACUGUAAACCUCAGAUACCUUGCAACAAUGUCAGGAAGAGCUUUGAUUAUGGAUCCGAAAUCAUGUGAACUGUUAAGUAACAUGAAAAGCCUUGAUAAAUACUUCCUCAAGAUGAUGGAUAGACUUCUCGAUCUUUUGGAAGUAAAAGAACACCAUGAAAUCAAGGUAAAUAAGAUAUUAAUUUUCUCUUUACCGGCGGCAUACGCGAUUCUCUCAAUUGUACCUUUAAUUAUAUGUAUAUCUUUAUGUAUAAAGGAACUGAAAUCGUUAGGAAAGCUUUUAUCAAGUCUUCCUCAGAAUAUCAGAGAAAAUACUUCGAAAUCUUUAGUAAAAUCUGAAGAUGAAGAUAAUUCAGUUAAGGAUACCAUGAAAUCACAUCAGUUUAAUGUGAAUUGUCUUUAUUUGGCUGCAUUUUUACCAUUGUUUAAUGUUGCUAUUUUCAUUGGCAUUCCUUUGAUUGCAAUUAAGAUGAACAAAGACAUGAAUGAGUUGAAUUAUUGGACACAUUAUUCAACACAACGUGCACAUCAUGCAAUGAUGUCCCUUUCUUUCACUGCUUUAGGAGUUAUUUCAAAUCAUCCACUUUUAACGUUCUUGAGAUCGAAAUCUGAUGAUUUUAUUUAUGUUGCAAAAUAUCACUUGGACCAACUAAGUGAUAUGAAUAACAAUUUGUUAAGAGGAACAGUUAAUAUUUCAUCAAUUGUUGGAUACAUUGAUAACAAUAUAAAAGAAGAAUGCAUUGAUGAUAAUUACCAAUCUGUUGAUCAUGAAGACUUCAAAUGCAGUUCAUUGGACAAUUCAAUUUUAAGAUUGUAUUCUUAUUUGAAUUUGAUACAACAAGAUCCAAGAUCUGCAGAUUUCGGACCACAAUCUGAGAUGGCGAAUGCAUUCCACCUUGCAAAUACUCACAUUAGCAAAAGAGUAUGGCAAACAAGCCUCGAAUUGCAGAAAUUAGGUGAUGAAAGAGUCCAUGAAUUUAGGAUAAACAUGACUAUUUUAUGUUGGACAUCUUUCGGACUUACAAUUUUAAUAACAAUUUUAUCAUAUAUUUUAUUUGGAAAAUUGAAUAUGUUAUUCCAAGGUGAAUUGCAAAUGAUGAGGAGAAUUCCACCUUUGUCACUCACAUUAUCUCAAAAUUUGAUGAAUUACAUCACACAUAAGCGAAAUAUCAAGAAAUCAGAAACAUUGACCGGUAUCAAGAGUGCGGUUGUUAUUUCUCGAGACUCGGUUAUCUUUGUUAACAAGUCAUUGAACAUUGAUUGGAUCAACAAUUCUACAACAAAACUUUUUGGAUACACACCAGACCAGUUAUUAGGUCAACCAGUUCAAACAUUACUUCCAGAAGUUCGAAAUGAAGAAUUCUUCAAAGAGAUCGAGAUGAUGAAGAACGGCCAAUGUGCAUUAGCAUAUGAAGCAUCAUCUACCGCUAUUUCCGAUAAUGAACAGAUCAUUCCAGUCCAUGUCACACUUGUUGGUAUACCAGAGAAUAACUCAAAUAUUCCUAAAGGAUUUGCAGUUAUCAUCCGCGAUGAAACCAUUUUAUCACAACAAAGGAAAGUUGCAGAGAACGCUAAAUCACAAUCAGAAAAACUUUUGUAUCAGAUUCUUCCACGAGACAUUGUUAUUCGAAUCAACAGAGGUGAAACAGAUAUCAAUUUUACCGUUCCAUCAGCAACAAUUGUUUUUAUUGACAUUGUUAAAUUCAGUAAUUAUGCAUCAACACUUAGUCCAUCCGAAAUCAUGGAACAUCUCUCUAUCAUUUUUGCCAAAUUUGAUGUUAUUCUUUUUAAGUACAAUUUACUUACAAAGAUCAAACUUAUUGGAGAUGUUUACAUGGCCGCUGCUGGUUUGUUCAAUCCAGAUGAAAAUCCAGCAAACCACGCAUCCCAAGUUGUCAAUUUCUCACUUGAAUCACUUAAUGCAUUAGAAGAAGCCAACAACCAAUUUAAUUCUAGUCUUCAAGUUCGAAUUGGUGUUAACACCGGUGGUCCAUUGAUUGCAGGUGUUUUGGGCACUGAUAAACUAGUCUUCGAUAUCAUUGGCGAUCCAAUCAAUGUUGCAGCAAGACUUCAGAGCACAGCAAUCCCAGGCACAGUCCAAAUCUCAGAAGAUGUCUUCAACUUGAUCAGUUCGAUGAACUACAACAUCGAAAAGCGUGGUGAAAUCGAACUUAAAGGUAAAGGUAAACGAAUGGCAUAUGCAGUUCGACCUCUUGCCAUGAGUAGUUUCUUCAGCAUCCAAAAUGAUUCAGAAGAAGUGAAAUAA